AUGAUCCUUACCCAUCUGAUCGCGGCCUUUUUGGCUAGUAAGUUGGCUACAGGCUAUCUGGUCACCCCUUCAGGCACUGCUUUUCCCGGCGCCGACUCGGAUUGUAGCGGGUGGGUGGCAGGAACUACAGGGAUCAGCUGUGCAAAUGUCGUAGCAGCAGUCGGAAUUACGCUCACAGAAUUUGAAACCUGGAAUCCCCUGGUUGCUGAUGGAUCCACUUGCGAGCUUACAAGUGGAUUUGACUACUGUAUCCAAGUUGACUUUGAGUCAAGCACGUCGACGACGCUGACAGCUACAACCACCCUACUCAGUACAACCAGUGGAAUCAGUACCCCGUCUCCUGUUCAAACGGGUUUGGUAGCCAAUUGCAACAAGUUCUAUCUUUUGGCCACAAAUGAUACAUGUGCAUCUAUAGCCGCGGAUGCUGGUCUCUCUCUAGCUACCUUCUAUUCAUGGAACCCUGCUGUUGGCGGCACCUGUGCGGACCUUGAGAUCGGUGAUUAUGUCUGUAUUGACACUGUUGGAUAUACUUUCACCUCUGUCACAGCUUCAGCUACCACCACAACCACGGGAGACGGUAUUAGCACUCCAUCGCCCAUCCAGACAGGCAUGGUUCCUACCUGCGACAAGUUUUACCUUGUGGUUACAAAUGACACAUGUUCCUCUAUUGCUACAGCUGCGGGUAUCUCUCUAGCUACCUUCUAUUCAUGGAACCCUGCUGUUGGGAGCUCCUGUGCGUAUCUUGGUCUUGGUGAUUAUGUUUGUAUCGAUAUCAUUGGAUAUACAAUUACCACUACCACAGCUUCUGCUACUGCUACUUCCACAACCACGGGAGACGGUAUUAGCACUCCAUCACCCAUCCAGACAGGCAUGGUUUCUACCUGCGACCAAUUCCAUCUCGUGGUCUCUGGAGAUGAAUGUGCAACUAUUGCUGCAGAUGCAGGUAUAUCUCUAGAUACUUUCUAUUCCUGGAACCCUGCCGUUGGCAGCUCCUGUGCGUAUCUUGGCCUUGGUGACUAUGUGUGUAUCGACAUUAUUGGGUAUACGCCAUCGACAACUACCACUUCCACCUCAACUACUACCACUAGUGCAGGAAACGGGGUUACAACACCUACCCCUUACGAGACUGGCAUGGUUUCGGAUUGUGAUGUUUUCCACUUAGUAGUCUCUGGUGAUACGUGUACUACCAUUGCAGAAAGCGCAAACAUAACAGUGGCCGAUAUCGAAGCGUGGAACGCAGAUGUUGGGACUGGUUGUACUGGUAUCUGGCUGGGUUAUUAUAUUUGUGUGGGUAUUUUGUAG